UCCUACUCCCAAACCGUCCCGAACCAGGAAGUGACUGUAAAGUCUUCACGCUCCUCUCCUGAUAGCAACACGUCCCCGCCUGCUCAUGGCACUGCCUGCAGCGGAGUCCCCCUGGGGGCACAACUGAUGGCUGGAGAAAUGCACAUCCUGACCAUAUUAGACCAUCUGCCCUGGAACUCCACCUCUGCGGAGCAAGGGGCCAGAAAUGGGUCCCAAUCCAACUUUUGGUACAAUACAAACAAGACUCAGCUCUUGGGUGUUUUGCUGGCAAUCACUGGAAAUUUUCUGAUUAGUAUCUCUUUGAAUAUCCAGAAAUAUGCUCAUCUCCGACUGGCAUGCCAAGCAAAUCAAAAGCCCUAUUACACAAGCAAGCUGUGGUGGUGUGGAAUUAUCCUCAUGGGGCUUGGAGAGCUGGGAAACGCUGCAGCUUAUGGAUUUGCUCCAGCCACCCUUAUAGCUCCAUUAGGAUGUGUAUCCGUCAUAGGUAGUGCGUUUAUUUCUGUCUUAUUCCUAAAAGAAACCAUGAGGGCUGCUGAUAUGUUAGGUGGAACCCUGACAAUUGCAGGAACAUAUUUGUUGGUGACAUUCGCUCCAAAUGUAACCCAGGAGCUCACGGCAACUAAAAUACAGAAUUAUUUAAUUAGCUGGCAGUUUCUGAUCUAUGUGAUCUUAGAAAUAAUAAUAUUCUGCAUUCUUCUGUAUUUCUACAAAAGAAAGGAUGUGAAGCACAUCGUGGUUUUGUUAAUGAUGGUAGCACUACUAGCAUCAUUGACGAUCAUUUCAGUAAAGGCUGUGGCAGGCAUGAUAACAUUCUCUGCAAAGGGCAAAAUGCAGCUAACAUACCCCAUUUUCUAUAUCAUGUUCAUUACAAUGGUGACAUCUUGUGUUUUCCAAGUCAAGUUCUUAAAUCAAUCUAUGCAGCUCUACAAUGCAACAGUCGUUGUGCCGAUUAACUUUGUGUUCUUCACAACCAGCGCCAUCAUUGCAGGGGUCAUAUUUUAUCAGGAAUUCCAAGGUGCAUCUUUGCUGAGUGUGUUCAUGUUUCUAUUCGGGUGUCUUCUGUCAUUUCUUGGCGUGUUUGUAAUCACACGAAAUCGAGAAGAGGAGCAUUUGCAAGUUCCUUAUAUUGAUUGCGGACACAUUCCUGGGAAAAAAGAGAUUGACAAAAUACAGCCAGAUUCAAACAGCUUAUCCUAUGGCACUUUGCAUGAUGAAGAUGACUGGACAAGUGCUCAGAGCUAAGAGCAGCUUCAAUUCCAGUGAACAAGAGGAACUCUCUAUUCAUUGACAUCAUAUUCAUCACCCCAAGUUGAUUGCAUAUAUUCAGUGUGUGUGUCAUGUUGUUUUAUGUUGAGAACCCUUAGUGUUAUUUAAGUAUCCUUAAGUAUCCCCUUCCUAUCACAAAUGUGUUACGAUGAGCAAGGAGGGCUAUUAAGCUAGUAACCAUUAAAUGUAGCUGGACAUUUUCUUGGUAAAAUACCUCUUACUGGUGGUUUAGGGUCAGGUUUUUAAAGGUAUUUAGAUGUCUAAAGAUGCAACUAGCCACAUAGUGGGAUUUUCAAAAGCACCCAUUUCACCUGCCUGCAUUUAUAGGUGCUUAAUUCCUUUAAAAAUCAGUCAUCAAAAUAUAGUGUGUUUCUAUGUAAGCAUCCGUUGGAAGAAAUCCUGCUUACCUUAUUCAUACAGCUAGUCCCAUUACCUUCAAAGGAACUACACAUGUGAGUAAGGUGAGUGGGAUUUGUUCCAAUACAUAAAAUGGAUGCAUACACAUGAUAUGUAAUUUAUGUUGAGAUACGGUAAAAGGCUUGGCAUUAUAAAUUCCUCCAAAGGAGUCCUCUGGGAGGGGAGCUUGUCUCUGUCCUGCUGGAUUGGAGCAGCAAGCAGCUAUUUCAGUACAAUCCGUUCUGAGCCUUGACCCCUCUGUCUUCAUUAGAAAAUAUGUUUUUGGUGGGGAUUUUGAAGAGGGUACACACUAUUCCAAUAGAGAAAUGGGAAGCCAACCUUCCACUGCUGUUGUAUUUUGAAUAGGCCCGGCUGGGGGAAAAAGUGAGUUCAAUAUAUGGGGCCCAGUCAACGAAAAUGUUGUGUGGGUAAAAGAAUCAGAAUCUCGAAGGAUAAGCCACUGGGCUAAAAUAUAUCUUUUUCCUUCCUAAAAAGACUUCCCUGCAUUAAGCUAGAGAGCUAGUACUGGCAGCAGCUGUGGUCAUACAGACUGAGUUUGGAGCUUUGAAUCAGAAAGUCGUAAUCCUACUGUAGCUGCUGACUCACAGGAGAAAGUUACUUAUGGCCAUAGGGAGCUACACAGCCUCAGUUUCUGCUUCUGUCUGAUAAUACUGAUCUACCUCAUGGGCAUGUUGUGAGGAUUAGAUGGGUGCUUUGGGGGGAAAGAAGAAGCACUUUAUAUAGUGUUCAGGGUUACUAUUUGAACCUUGUACAAAGUACUUUUGCUCUUUUUAAAGUGCAUGUCAUAUAUCAUAUGCAGCUAGCUUCAAUGGGGUCUGCUGAAUGAUGCCUCCUUUAAACACAAUAUUUUUGUAAUCAGUAUUUUUAUUUUAGAAGAGAUCCAGUCAAAGUGACUUCAGUAGUUUAACACUGUCAUUUCUUUAUAAGACAUGUUGAAGUACCUAGAGAAUGGUACAUUUUGCUAUACAUUAAUCUUCCUACAUCCAAGAUUUAUGGCAUUUUAUUAUUUAUGAUUUAAGCUUUUGCAAAUUGGGAUAGAGCCAUGUACCCAUGGAUUCAAUACCACCCUCCCCGACUUUUCUAUUAAAGUUUGAGGAAGCCGCCCAUCUAUAUCUCUCAGAUGCCCAAUGAGUCUUCCAGCAAAAACAGGAAAGACUAGACUUUACAUUACUGAUCAAUCUACGGUAAAAAUGCAGAUUUUUUUUAACACACCCUAAAGAAUCAAAAGGGCACUAACUGAAUUUUUCUUUCCUUUGUAGCUCAGCUUUAAGCAUCCUUUUUACCUGUCAAGUGAAAGUGUGUGCUAAAGAUGGAAAUAAGAUGUCUAUAACUUUGAUUGCUAUUAUUUCCUAGAAAUAUUAUUUUUUUAAGUAUUGGCAGCCGAUACCUCUCUGAAAUUUGUUUCCACAAUUUGGGAGGGGUGAAGGAGGAAAUUCUCCCAGGAUUUUCUAGUGACAGUUGGAAAUUGGAUGCAAAGUCUCUGGGUAAAUCCAUUAUUUAUUUUAAAAGUACUGUAAUUCUGUGUGACACGUCACCUCCUUCUGACAAUUUAAUAAAAAAUAAAAUGAUGUUCUAUAGAUGGGGAGGGGUAACUUUUGGUGUAAAAUUAAGUGUAAUUGAAAUUGAUACAUUGAUUAAAAGUUCUAGGAGCCACUGAUAUGUAAUUACACAAUUAACAAUGGUUAUCAGACCUGAUAUAGAGAUUUAGGCACACUUCAGUUAAUCUACAUAAGUUCACGUUAUACUAUUGUAAUGUAUAGUAAAGGGGAUUCAUUAUUACUGCCCCCAAAAAAAUAAACUUCUCAGUUUCACUUUG